GGGAGGGUCCCCGGCCGCCGCGUCGCCGCCCCCGCUGCCUCGGGCCGCCGCUCGCUCGGAGCCGGCGCCGGGCCCGUCCAUCCCCCGGCCGAGGGAGGGGCGGCGCAGGCGGCGGCCGCAAUGCACCCAAAGCUGCUGAAGAACGCGCACUACAUCGAGCUGGGCAGCUACCAGUACUGGCCCGUGCUGGUGCCGCGCGGCAUCCGCCUCUACACCUACGAACAGAUCCCCGUGUCCCUCAAGGACAACCCCUACAUCACGGACGGCUACCGGGCCUACCUGCCCUCACGCCUCUGCCUCAAGAGUUUGUUUAUCUUAUCCAAUGAGACAGUAAACAUCUGGAGUCAUUUGCUGGGUUUCUUCCUCUUCUUCACACUGGGUAUAUAUGACAUGACUUCUGUAUUACCUUCAGCAAGAGCUUCUAGAGAAGACUUUGUGAUUUGCUCUAUUUGUCUUUUCUGCUUUCAGGUCUGUAUGCUUUGUUCUGUAGGCUAUCACCUCUUCUCUUGUCAUCGUUCAGAAAAAACCUGUCGACGAUGGAUGGCAUUAGAUUAUGCAGGAAUCUCUGUUGGCAUACUGGGUUGCUAUGUGUCAGGAGUAUUUUAUGCAUUUUAUUGUAAUAAUUACUGGCGUCAGGUCUAUCUGAUUAUGGUGCUUGCUAUGAUCCUCACCGUCUUCUUUGCUCAGAUUCACCCCAAUUACCUCACUCAACAGUGGCACAGACUUCGUUCCAUUAUCUUUUGUUCAGUGUCUGGGUAUGGAGUGAUUCCUACUAUUCACUGGGUCUGGCUCAAUGGAGGUGUUGGUGCACCUAUUGUACAGGAAUUUGCACCUCGUGUGAUAGUGAUGUAUAUGAUUGCUCUUGUCGCUUUCCUCUUCUACAUUUCCAAAGUUCCAGAAAGAUACUUUCCAGGACAGCUAAACUACCUCGGGUCCAGCCACCAAAUAUGGCACAUCCUCGCAGUGGUCAUGUUGUAUUGGUGGCAUCAGUCAACAGUGACUGUCAUGCAGUACAGACACAGCAAGCCUUGUCCUGACUAUAUUCCACAUUUAUGAAUGCAGGUAUGACAACCUGGUACAGGCAAAUGUCAAGCAAUAUUAGAUGGUGGAAAUUGUAUAUUCUUUACUUCUAAUGUUCUGUUUUUCUUUUGUUAUCUUAAGGUGUGUAUCAUGAUUAAUAUUUUAUGGAAGUUUUAAGAAAUACACUCAGGGGGAUUUAUAGUUGCCCAAUAACUCAGUUAUUGGGUUUCACAACUUGUUUAAUUCUGCUGUAUGUAUUCAUCUCACAUAUGCCAACUUAGCACCAACAAAGAGUAUUAAACCAAUCUAUAUUGUUGAAAAUGAGGUUAUUAUUUACCAGCUUUAUUUCUCUAGGAAGCAUUCAACAUUACUGGAGGAUGGCAUCUGUGAUUACAGAAUUAUUCUUGCAGUCACCCCUAUUGUUUAUAAACGAAGAUUAAAAAAUCAAGUUUAAGUGCCUGAUCAAGGCAAUAAUAGCCUGAGUUAACAAGUUAAGUACUAGAGUAGUAGACUUGAAUAAUCAUUUUGAUUUGACUUAGGUUUGCAACAAGGUCCUUUUUUUUUAGCUUUGGAAAUACUGAUUUAUCAAAUGGUUGUGUUGUAUAGAUUUUCAGAAGAACACUGUCCCUUUCAGGUUUAGGGUUUGUCAUAAUAAGCUGUUUUGUUACCUCCUAUGAAUUUUAGCCUCUAAAACUUGAUUUUAGACAAGCUUGGAAUAUAUACACACAUUGAUUAACUGUGGUCAUUCUCAUUGGAAAUUGACAUGAUUUUGCAAUGAGACUGUUCUUAUUAUCAGAUUAGCCACAACAGCCAAUUUCAUCCGUCUAUCCAAACCUUGAACGUUAAUGCAAAGAAAGGGCCCCAGAAUUCCCCAGAGCUGGAGUCAGGCUAAGCAUUCUUACAUGUAACCCUUUUUCUAGAAAUUGGGGAUCUGAAUUCUUGAUGAAAGAUCCCAGCUUCCUAGGAGUAUUGCCAAGGCUUCAUUUUGAAAUCGUCCAUUAGCUUUGGAGUAAAAGCAGUGAUUUCUCAAAUUUCUUGGUCUCAGGACCCCUUUACACUCUUAAAAACUGAAUACUUAUGUUAGAAAUUAAAACAUCUUAGUAUUAUUAUAAAAAUAGUUUUGAUCUCUUGGAUCCCCUAAAAGGGUUUUCAGGAACUCCAACCAUACUUUGAGAACCACUGGAGUACAGUAAUGCAAUUACCCAGUUUGAUUAGUUAUGGUUCUUCAUAUUCAAGUCCCCUAAUGUUAGCAUUGUAAUUAUACUACAAUAUUGUCAUAUAAAUAGCCAAUAUUUGGAGUCUCGGAAUUCAAAAUUGGAAUUAUUUCCAUUUAGUACUUAGAUAUGCAAUCUCAGUGUUCUGUCAGACAAGGAAAAUUUUUGAAUUCUCUUGUUCUAACACAUACAUAAGAUAAAGACUUAAGAACAAGAGGGCUAUGGGAUUUAAAUCCUGUUAUUGCUAAGCUGAACAAACUUUUAAAACAUAAAUUAUAGCUCAUGAGUUAAUAGCGUAUUUGAAGAGAGUUAGAAUUACUUAGCUUUCCUGAGAAAUGUUGAAUGAUAACACAUUCAAAUUAUACAUCUGGUAUGACCUUUUAGAAUGCUAAUUUUGCCUUCAUUUAUCUAUCUAGAAAAUAGAAAUGUUAACUUUUCUGCCCCAGCUUUUGAGAUAUUCAAGUGCAAUAUAUAGGUAAAGUUUCCUUUUUUGUAAAAGGAACAGUACUUCACAUUUUCUGGUGGCACUCCCACUUUGAAAAUAGUUAUACAAUAGUUACCCCAUGCCUUUAGAAACCUCAUAAUAUUGGCCGUAUCUUCUCUUAAGCGUCUCUUAUUGGCUUAUUGUCAACAUUUUUGCCUUCAAACAAUCAAAUAUUUUGCCUUCUUGGGCAAAGGAAAAAGAACCUGUGCUAUGCUACGGUAGAGGUAACUUAAGAGCUCAUCUGGGUCUGUAACCUGAUUAUUGUCAUGUCUCCUCAACAUAGACAAAUAAGUCUUUGCAACAUUAUUUGACUUGUUUGAUAUUUAUAUGAUGCCAUGAGUAAGUUUUUUUUAAAUGGACUAUACUAGUCUUGGGGAGAAUUAUACAAGAAACAUCUCAACACUUAAAGCCUUUAUUCUUGUAAAUUUUGUACUACUUGUAAAUCUUAAUGUGGUAUAUUUAUUUGUUGAGGUGUUAAUGAAUGUAGGUUGCAAACAACUCUAAACACUUAAUUUCAUCAAUAUUGAUCGACCACUACUUGUGUGUGAACUCUGCACUGGUAUUUUUAGAAGUCUCAUUAGUUAACAUUAAAUGACUACUUAAAACUUGCCACCCAAAUUUGAGCCUUUUAAAAUGUACAUUUGUUCAGUUUAUUUUACAAACUUGUCAAUAAAGCAAGUUUAAAAGCGCACUAAUACUCCAGAUCCUGAGCUCUGUCAGGAUCAGAAGCUGCUUUAAAACUGUAGACUAAAAGAAUUUUUUUUUAAUUUGGAGCCAUUUUGAAUAUUGUAUAGUAAUUUAUGGUUUCAUAGUCAACUAGCUUUAGUAACACAAGUAUCUGUAUAAAGUCAAGCCAUUAGCAACAAGUAGCAAAGAUAUUGUCACUUUGUGUUUAUACUGAGUGCAAUUUACAGUGGGCUGCAUGGAAAAAUAUGUAUUCUGUAAAUAAAUUGGAUUUAUUAAAACAUU